AUGCACACUCUCAAAGCAGUCGCGUCAUCCUCACUGUCCCUUGCCGAGGACCACUACAUCUAUUCUAUUGCCGCCGCAGCUCCCGGCUCAUUUGCUGUAAUCUCAUCCGACGACUCGCUGCGGGUUUUCAAUGCCGACGAUCUCAGCAAUUCGUCCAUAAUCACGCCCAGUGCACAUGAAGGCGUAACGUCUCUUAGAUCCUACGAUGCGGGCCAACAGCUCCUGGCCACGACGGGGAGAGAUGGCAAGGUGAAGCUAUGGGAUAUGCGCCGCGGAAAAAGCCCGGUCGUAGAAUUGCAUACAUUAAAUCAUGCUCCCGCCUUGUCGCUUGCAUGCUCUGCCCAAACUAAUGAUAUUGCUGCGGGAACCGAGUACAUCAAGCAUGACAAUGUGUAUCAAGCUGUGGUUGCCUUUUGGUAUGUCCUAAGCCCUAUUCAACCACGGUUACAAUACAUUGAAAGUCACAAUGACGAUGUCACAGAGCUUCAAUAUCACCCAACUCUCAACCACAUCGCCCUGUCCGGAAGCACUGACGGGCUGGUGAACAUCUAUAACACCAAUAUCACCGAUGAAGACGACGCGCUGGUGCAGGUCAUCAACCACGGAUCCGUCCACCAUGCCGGGUGGUUGGAUGAGAAGACAGUCUAUGCCCUGAGCCAUGACGAAGAUUUCGCCAUUCAUCCGAUGACGGACCCCGAUGACCAGACCGCCGGGGAAGCCGAGCCCACUCAGUUCAAUGACUUGAGACAACCGCUCAACUGUGAAUACGUUGUGCAACUAUGCCAGAACAGUCAAGGCCAGUACAUUGCUGCGGGCAACAAGCUCGAGCAACGGCUGGACCUGGUUCCGCUUGUAUCCUCACCGUCGUGGCAGUUCGACCAGACCAAUUCGUGGCGUCUUCCAGGCGCUCAUGGAGAAGAGGUCAUCCGGUCGGUCUAUGUGGACGAGCAGUCCCAAUCUGUAUUGACCUGCGGCGAGGACGGGUGCGUCCGGGUGUGGAAGCCAGAGGCUGGAGACUCGGCCAGUCAAACGGACAGUUCGGCCAAAGGAACGCGACAGAAGGAGAAGCGAUCCAAGAACAAAGAUCGAUUCAAACCCUACUAGACCGAUGAAUCAGAUUUGCAUUAGCGACCAUUUAUCGGGCGUCUUCGCUUGUCAAUACUACAGUGCCCGGUAAUCUCAGAUACUACCACAUUGCGAGCAAGUGAGGUCUCAAAAAAAAGAACAAGUCAUAUUCUCAUUAGCAUAUCAUUAAUAGAAACCAUCUCAAACACUGAUCAUGUUCAAAAACC